AUGAGAACACCCACAUCACCGUCUUCAUCAAAGUUCCCUGGCUUCGAUCCCCACGAGAAACCAGACCGAUACAAGUUCAAGCCUAAAAGGCAAGGCGUUAUUGGCAGGAUGAAGGAAUCUUGGAUGUCACAGUCCCAGCGGACGAGGUGGAUUAAGACUGCCGCCAUCGUCUUUGCGAUCGUUACCCUCUUUUACUUUAUCUCCCCCAAGGGUGUCGAAGUGUAUCAUGAAGUUACCCAGCCCGCCCAAGGUAGCAACAAUGGUGAACCUGCCCCGAUUUCUUCUCCUACUAGCUCUCGAUGCACAACACCCUACAAGGGCAAGCCUCUUGUCCAGUAUGUUCUCAUGAUCGAUGCCGGCAGCACUGGCUCUCGAAUCCACGUCUACAAGUUCAACAACUGCGGUCCUACACCCGAGCUCGAGGGCGAGGAGUUCAAGAUGACAGAUGUUCCCGUUGGCGGUCUGAGCAAGUACAAGGGUGACCCCGUCGCUGCUGCUAAGACUCUCGAUCCUCUCCUGAAGGUUGCCAUGGACACUGUUCCCGAUAAGCUCAAGGGCUGUACUCCCGUUGCUGUUAAGGCUACUGCUGGUCUUCGAAUGAUCGGAGCCGAAGCUGCCGGUGCUAUUCUCGACGAAGUCCGACGACACCUCGAGCAAGAUUAUCCUUUCCCUGUUGUCGACAAGGAGAACGAGGGCGUCGUUAUCAUGGACGGCUCUCUGGAGGGUGUCUUUGCUUGGAUCACUACAAACUACCUUCUUGGAAAGAUUGGCGGUCCCGAUAAGAGCGAGACUGCCGCUAUCUUUGAUCUCGGUGGUGGAUCUACUCAGAUUGUUUUCGAGCCUACUUUCAAGGGUGCCGCUGAUGGUGGUAUGCCCGAGAAGCUUGCUGAGGGCGAUCACAAGUAUAACCUCGACUUUGGUGGUCGUCACUUUGAGCUUUACCAGCACUCUCACUUGGGUUACGGUCUGAUGGCUGCCCGCGAGGCCAUUCACGCCACUUUGAUCAAGGACCUCGUCGCUUCCAAGGAGGGUGAUAAGAGCUGGUUGAAGGAACCUGUCGUUAACCCUUGCAUUGCCCCCGGAAUGAGCAAGGCUGUCAACGUCACCGUCGAGGGUGACCAGACCCCGACUCUUGUUACUUUCAAGGGACCCACAGAGCCCGCUCCCGCUCAGUGCCGCAACCUGGCUGAGAAGAUCCUCAAGAAGGAUGAGAAGUGCGCUCUUGCCCCUUGCUCUUUCAACGGUAUUCAUCAGCCUCUACUGUCCAAGACUUUCAGCAAGGAGGAUGUCUACAUCUUCUCUUUCUUCUUCGACCGCACUAAGCCCCUUGGCAUGCCCGACUCCUUCACCCUCCGUGAGAUGCACGAUCUCUCCCAGACUGUUUGCAAGGGCAAGAAUGCCUGGGAUGUUUUCACUGCUGUCCCUGAUGCGAUCAAGGAGCUCGAAGACCGACCUGACUGGUGCCUGGACCUCAACUUCAUGAUGGCCCUUCUCCACACUGGUUAUGAUAUGCCUAUUGACCGUGAAGUCAAGAUUGCAAAGAAGAUUAAGGGUAACGAGCUUGGCUGGUGCCUUGGUGCUAGUUUGCCUCUUCUUGCAAGCGGUUCUGGCUGGUCUUGCAAGGUCAACCAGAUUGCUUAA